AUGUUUAAACGGUUAUUAGGAAGUAACAAACAACCAAAAGAAGUAGGAGAUAUUCUUGUCUCUUCAGCAGACAUUCAAAAAGGAGAUCUCAUUUCUAAAAAUGGACCACAUGGUGAUGUCUAUCGAUGUUUAUUUAAAAAGACUAAAGCAGUUGUUAAGUUUUUCUCAAAAGCUGACUCAAGUCAAAAGUCUUUUAAAGAAGAAACAGAAACUUUAAAAAAAAUAUUCCAUCCAAAUGUUCUUUUGAUUAUGGGCAUAAUAGCAGAAAAAGGAAUAACUGGUGUUAUCAUGGAGUCUAUGAGAUGUAAUUUAUAUAAUGUCCUUUAUGAACCAACUAAAUGUCCAAAAGCACUUCAAAAAAUUAGUAGAUUAAAUAAAUUUAAAAUUCUCAGAGAUAUAGCAGUUGGACUUGCUUUUAUUCACUCUCUUGCAAAAAUUCCUCAUGGAAACUUAAAAUUAACAAAUAUUCUUUUUGAUGAUUCAGGUAAAGUCAAAAUCUCUGAUUAUUUCUAUUCUAAUUUAAGAACACCAGUUAAAGUAAAUGGUUAUUAUGUAUGUUCUCAAAAAGGUAAUAAUGCUUAUCAAGCACCUGAGGUUUGGUUAAAUGGAACUUUUCCAAAUGCUGCUUCAGAUGUUUAUUCAUUUGCUCUUAUUACAAUAGAAUUUAUGGUUGAAAAUAAUUCUUUUUAUGGAGACUAUGAUACAGCAGAUGAUAAAUCUAUUUUUACUGCUAUUCAAAAGAAAGUCAAAGUUACUAUUCCUCAGUCAUUCAGUCAAACUCAUAAAGUUAUUCUUGGCAGGUGUCUCAAUUAUGAACCAAAAAAUAGACCAUUAAUGGAAAGUGUUCUUGCUGCUUUUGAUCAAAUAGUUGUUGAAUCAACUAUGACUUCAGUAGAUGCUAUUGAAUUUUGGUCAGAUAGAUUUUCUGAUGGAGACGUUCCAUUGUUUGAAGUAUCAUAUGAUGACGUUAUGUUUGCUUUAGAUGAAACUGUUUUAAGUGAUUGUGAUGAGAACGUCAAGAAUGAAAUUAAAGAAGACUUGGCACCUCUCUUCCCUGCAAAUGGAAUUGUUACUGCAGUUGAUUUUGAUACUGUUGUUUGUUGGUUUGGUGAAUUCUUCAAUGAUCCAAAAAUUAUUGAUGAAAUGAGAGACAUUGUUUCUGCUUCUUAUUUUAGUGGACUUAUUGACAAAAAAGUUGCUGAAGGUAAACUUUCUGGAAAAGUUGAUGGAACAUAUCUUAUUAGAAUGUCAUUUACAGAUGCUAAAAAAAAUCCCUUCACUCUCACAAGAAAUGUCAAUGGUUCACCAAAACAUCAUAGAAUUGAAAGACUUUCUUAUGCAUUCGUGCAAGCUAGAUACCAAAUCACUAUUGAUAAUAAAAAAAUUACUGCUCAAACACUUAGCGGUUUGAUUGAAGCACUUACUAAAAUGGGACUUAUUGUUAAUCCUGAUGAUGGUGUUGAAAAUUCUGAUUAUGGAGAAGCCUAA